AUGCAGAGCAACACCGUCUUGGACCCAGAGCGCGAGGCGCUGCGCAGCGAAGCCAUCAAGAAGACGGUGGAGCGCAACGUCACGCAGGCUCGCUUGAAGAAGGUAAACGAUGACGUCAAGCAGCAGCAGCGGGAGCUGGACAAGGUGGAGGACCAGGUCAACGCACUCCUCAGCAUUGGCCACUACGUGGGUGAGGUUCUCAAGCGCGUUGAUGAGGAGCGCUUCAUCGUGAAAAGCAUCAGCGGCGCGCGUCACCUGGUUGGCUACCGCAAGAGCAUCAAGCCGGAGAAGCUCAAGUUUGGUGCUCGUGUCGCGCUGGAGAUUACGACCUUCACGAUCGUGAAGGUGCUGCCGCGCGAGGUGGACCCGCAGGUGUACAGCAUGCAGUACAUGUCCAGCGACAAGGAUGUGUCCUUCCAGGACAUUGGUGGACUGCAGCCACAGAUGCGGCAGAUGCGGGAGGUGAUUGAGCUGCCCCUGACGAACCCAGAGCUGUUCACGCGCGUUGGCAUUGCCGCGCCGAAGGGUGUGCUGCUCUAUGGCCCGCCAGGCACCGGCAAGACGCUGCUGGCGAAGGCCAUCGCCGCCAACGUGGAUGCCGCGUUCCUCAAGAUCGUCGCCUCCUCCAUCGUCGAUAAGUACAUUGGUGAGUCGGCGCGUGUCAUUCGUGAAAUGUUCGCCUACGCGCGUGAGCACGAGCCGUGCAUUAUCUUCAUUGAUGAGGUGGACGCCAUCGGCAGCAAGCGUAUCGAGGGCUCGUCCUCGGAUCGCGAAAUCCAGCGUACGCUGAUGGAGCUCCUCAACCAGAUGGACGGCUUUGACACGCUGGGCAAGGUGAAGGUCAUCAUGGCAACGAACCGGCCCGACACGCUCGAUGCGGCCCUGAUGCGGCCCGGACGCCUCGACCGCAAGAUCGAGAUCCCGUUGCCGAACGAGGCCGGGCGGCUCGACAUCCUCCGAAUCCACUCGGCAAAGAUCGCAAAGCAGGGCGACAUCGACUUUGAGAGCGUCGUGAAGUUAUCGGAGGGCUUCAACGGGGCUGAUCUGCGGAACGUCUGCACGGAGGCCGGUAUGUUUGCCAUUCGCGCCGGCCGCGACUACGUCGAGAACAAUGACUUCAACAAGGCUGUCCGCAAGGUGGCGGACAUGAAGCGGCUGGAGGGCACGGCGCACCAGUACUCCGAUCAGUAG